AUGAAGCUACAUGCAAUGGAGGCUUCUGGUAGAAACCAUUUUCAGCCAAAAAUUGUCCUUAUUAUAAUCUUUGUCACCUUAGUUGUUCUCACAGUAAUCCCUGUGCUUUACCCUUUGAUAGGGUAUCCUUUAUACGUCUCAAAAGCCUCAUCUUCCAGGCCCUUGCCCACCACCGCAUACGAGUCUCAACAAUCCGAAUCCCUGCCUUCGAUAAAGAUAUCCGAAGGAGAGGACUGCGACAUAUUCUUGGGGGAAUGGGUGCCGAACCACGCCGCGCCGUACUACACCAACACGACGUGCUGGGCCAUACACGAGCACCAGAACUGCAUGAAAUAUGGAAGGCCUGACACUGAGUUCAUGAAAUGGAAAUGGAAACCUGAUGGGUGCGAGCUACCUGUGCUGAACCCAGCUCAGUUCCUGGAGAUUGUUAGGGGCAAAUCUUUGGCCUUUGUUGGUGACUCACUUGGUAGAAACCAAAUGCAGUCCUUGAUAUGCCUCCUUUCGAGAAUCGAAUAUCCCAUAGAUGUUUCGUAUACAUCAGACGAGAGAUUUAAACGAUGGAAAUACACAUCUUAUAAUUUCACCCUUGCUUACUUUUCGUCAACAUAUUUGGUGAAAUCAAAAGAAAGAGAUGAUAAUGGUCCGACGCACACCGGCCUUUUCAAUCUCUAUCUCGAUGAGUUUGAUGAACAAUGGACAACCCAAAUCGAAGGAUUCGACUACGUAAUCAUCAACAGCGGCCAUUGGUUUUAUCGUCCGUCGGUUUUCUAUGAAAAUCAUCAAAUUGUUGGGUGUCAUUAUUGCCUAAUUGAUAACGUUAAGGACUUGACAAAGUUCUACGGGUACCGAAAAGCAUUCAGGACUGCUUUUAGAGCUAUUAACAGCUUGGAAAACUUCAAAGGCGUAACGUUUUUAAGAACUUUUGCACCGCCGCACUUUGAGAAUGGAUUGUGGAACGAGGGCGGAAACUGCGUAAGAACGAAACCGUUCCAAAGCAAAGAGAUAGCAUUGGAUGGUGACAAUUUGGAGUUUUACAUGAUUCAAAUAGAGGAAUUCAAACGUGCUCAAAAAGAAGGGAGAAAGAAGGAAAAGAAAUAUCGGUUAAUGGAUACGACUCAUGCGUCACUUUUGAGACCGGAUGGUCAUCCGAGCAGAUAUGGGCAUUGGCCUAAUGAAAACGUGACAUUGUACAACGAUUGUGUGCAUUGGUGCUUGCCUGGUCCGAUUGAUAAUUGGAAUGAUUUCUUGCUUCAAAUGUUGAAGAUGGAAGGAAUAAGAUCACAUCAAGAGAGGCUUAUUUCAGGUGGAAAAAGAAUGAGAUUUAAGUAAAGAAUCUGAGUUUUUAUUUAUUUAUUUAUUAUUAUUAUUAUUAUUAUUUAUUUCUAAUUCGUCUUUUAUUAGUCCUUCUUUUGUUAAUUGUACUUUUAUAUCUAUCCAUAAUUAAUGCAAGUUCCCAUUGAAUUUGAGUGAGAAAUAAUAAAAA